GGCUGCCGGCUCACCCUAAGCCUCUGCAGGGGUCCCUGUCUGUGACAGCCCGAUGCAGCUCCUCCCACUUCCUGCCCUCACCGGGACAGAGACUCCGAUGGAUGGAAACAAGCCGAGGAAGCGCAGUUUGACUACCUUCCCAAUUUUGAAAGCAAGGAAGAAGCAAAGUUUUACCUCUGUGAAGGUUGAGAGUAAGCCUUUGGUUCAAGUCCAGAAGCCAUCCUCCAAGAUCAAGAAGCUAAGAAUGACCCGGUGUUCAUAUAAGAAUCCAAACACCAACAUUACUGCACUCCCUUUUGUAGACACAAAGGGGAAGAAGAACACAAUCAAUUUCCCACACAUUGGCAACAAAGUCCAAUCAAAGCCAUCCACGCUGUAUCAGGAAAAUCAUAUUCACAAUCAAGUGCUCUCCUCUGAGGUCAAGACUUCAGAAAUACCUUUCAACUUUAAUCCUAAAGCCCAAGACACCAAGCCACAUUCAGAACUACCAAAGAAACACAAGGUCCCUCUUACAGCAGCAGAGGCCCUGAAGUUUUUUAAGAAUCAGCUGUCCCCAUAUGAGCAGAGUGAAAUCCUGGGCUACUCAGAGCUGUGGUACCUGGGGCUUGAGGCCAAGAAGCUAAAGGUGAUGCCCGAGAAGUUCAGCAAGACAAGCUUUGAUGACGACCACGGCUCCUACCUAAAGGUCCUGCAUGACCACAUUGCCUACCGAUAUGAGGUUCUGGACAUGAUUGGGAAAGGGUCCUUCGGACAGGUGGUCAAAUGCUUGGAUCACAAAAACAAUGAGUUGGUGGCCUUGAAAAUUAUCAGGAAUAAAAAGAGAUUUCAUCAUCAGGCUCUGGUGGAGCUGAAGAUCCUGGAAGCCCUCCGAAGGAAGGACAAAGACAAUAGCCACAAUGUGGUCCACAUGAAGGACUUCUUCUACUUCCGGAAUCAUCUCUGUAUCACCUUUGAACUCCUGGGAAUCAACUUGUAUGAGUUGAUGAAAAACAACAGCUUUCAAGGUUUCAGUCUGUCCAUAGUCCGGCGCUUCACCCUUUCUGUUUUGAAGUGCUUACAAAUGCUUUAUGUGGAGAAAAUCAUCCACUGUGACCUCAAGCCGGAAAACAUCGUGUUAUACCAGCGGGGCCAAGUCACUGUUAAAGUCAUUGACUUUGGCUCAAGCUGUUACGAACACCAGAAAGUGUAUACAUACAUCCAAAGCCGGUUCUACCGAUCCCCUGAGGUGAUUCUGGGCCACCCCUACAACAUGGCCAUUGAUAUGUGGAGCCUGGGCUGCAUCAUGGCAGAGCUAUACACGGGAUAUCCACUGUUCCCUGGGGAGAAUGAGGUCGAGCAGCUGGCUUGCAUCAUGGAGGUGCUGGGUCUGCCACCUGCCCACCUCGUCCAGACGGCCUCCAGGAGACAGAUAUUCUUUGAUUCUAAAGGUCUUCCCAAAAACAUAACCAACAACAGGGGAGAGAAAAGAUACCCAGAUUCCAAGGAUCUCACGAUGGUGCUGAAAACCUACGACACCAGCUUCCUAGACUUUCUCAGAAGAUGUUUGGUAUGGGAGCCUUCUCUCCGCAUGACCCCUGACCAGGCCCUCAAGCAUGCCUGGAUUCACGAGCCACGGAAACUCAAAACCCGGCCUAAGCCACAGAUCCUAAGGAAGUCCGGUGUCUGUACUCCUGAGUUGGGCAAGGACAAGGAUGAAGAACAUCAGUCCAGCAAAAGCAAAACAGAAGAGACCAACAAAGACACUGCAGACAAACUGAAAGAUGACACUGAGAAGCAUGGUCUGAAUUCAGGCAAGCAGCAGAGCUCUCUCCAGCACACAGCUGACACAGUACAGCUGCCUCAUCUAGCAGAAGCUUCUGGAAAGCCAGAGACUGUUUCUGGGUCAGAGGUGUCCACAGAACAAUGCACCUCCUCCCCCAAGAGCACUAACAUUUUACCACCCAUCAUGUGACCCUUGUGGAGGGUGCAUCCUGUUCCUUUCCACCAGUGAUUUAUAUUAGAGAAGGCACUUCAAUUGUACAAUACUUCACAUUGCUUUUUUAAUGCAUAAAGGUUUGUAAGAAAAAUCAAA